AGCUAGCUACGCAUCCAUAGGCAUACAGGUAUUUUUAUCAGGAAACUCUCUAUUAAUAGAAGAUAAAAGAGCGUCAUUCAUCUUUUGUCUACAUUGAACUGCCUUCAUUUGCGCAUGAUAAAAUACUACCUUCACACCCACAGCUCUGUCGAUUAAUUUGAGAGUGGUCAUUUAUACCAGCAUGAGGGAUAGUCUGUUAAUGCAAGACUGGGAUUUUCCCGGGGCACAUGUGCAGGGAAAGGCACUGAGAGCCGAGUCGCGUAGGCGGUAGCAGAACUAUAAAUUCGGAUGUAUUUCAUUAAGAAGAUAAAACGUUACUUUAGACUUCGUAGUGGUGGUUUGAUAUGGAUAAGUGCGCAAGGAACAGCGAGAUUCCUCACGAUACCGUGAUUUCAAUGGCGCAGCAAGAGUCUGUUGUUCUUUUGGUCAAACACUGUCAAGAAAUGAAGCGACAGGAGAGUCGCUUGCGUCUUGUCACGUUAUUCUUGGUUCUGGGUUGUGCAGCUGUAUUUGUCUUUACCCAGCGUGUGAAUAGAGACUGUAAUGAGAAGCAUUCACUCAAACCUGCAGAAUACUCACGACAGCAAGCUAUAGAUCGGCAAGGACAGAACCUGAAGCCAAGCGCUCACCUGACAACAUCAUCAAGGUGCAACUCAGUGCCUGAAGAUUACAUCCAAUGGGAACACAAGGCCAUUGGCUUGGUGCACAUGCAAAAUUUCACCUAUGAUGAGAAAAAGCAUGCUCUGGUUGUCCCUCAGGGAGGCCGAUACUUUGUCUACGUAGGGGUCAACUUUCGAAUGCCGGAUAAAGACAAGGUAUCUGGCGAGAUCCAUUUUCUUAGCCUGAAAGUCCUGAAAUUCUCCAAUAGCUACCAAGAUAAUUGUCUUAUCAUGGAAGUCAAGGAUAGCAUACCAGACAAUAGGAGAGGAGCGAGGACUGUGUACACGGGACAGGUGGUUGCUCUGGAGGAAGGGGACCUCCUGAGGGUGUCCAUUAAUGAAGACAAUUAUGAACUGAUUGACUGUUCAACAGAGACUACCAUGUAUAUUGGUGCUUUUCUCCUCUAGACAAGGAGUACGUGUCUAUUCCAAAAAUAUGCAGUCUGUGUGGAUUUAUAUUAUUUAUUUCCAUGCUUACUUUUAGUAGGACCAGUGCAUGUUUCAAGGCACAUUUUAAAAUCCUUGUGGAUACAAUACUCCUGUAACAUGCAGGUAUUAGUUAAGGCUUUCCUUCUGACAAAGCUGACCUUAUUUCAGGGUGGCAGGUAGCCUAGUGGUUAGACCAUUGGACCAGUAACUGAAAGGUUGCUAGAUCAAAUCCCAAAGCUGUCAAGGUAAAAAUCUGUUGUUCUGCUCCUGAACAAGGCAGUUAACCCACUGUUCGUAGGCUGUCAUUGUAAGUAAGAAUUUGUUCUUAGCUGACUUGCCUAGUUAAAUAAAGGUACAAUAUGAAUGUAUUCAUACAUUAAUUUCAUAGUAUGUACUGUUUGCUACACAUUCCUUUCUUGAUCAAAAUGAAUUCAAUUGUUGUUCAAUAAUUGUUGUUAAAUGAAAUAACUUAUUAUGAUUUUAUAGAGUGGGGUCAAUUCCUAACUCAAACAUUUGCCUAAUUCUUUAACGCAUGAGUUUUGUGCAAGAGUCAAGGUAGGAUUUGACUGUCACGUCCUGACCAUUGAGUGCUCUUAUUUUCUAUGGUAGAGUAGGUCAGGUCAUGACUGGGGGGGUUUUAUCUACUUACAUUUUUCUAUGUUGGGUUCUAGUUUCUUUUUUCUAUGUUGGUUUUUUUGUAUAAUGCCCAAUUAGAAGCAGCUGGUCAUCGUUGUCUCUAAUUGGGGAUCAUAUUUAAGUACUUGUUUUCCCCACCUGUGUUGGUGGGAGAUUAUUUUGAGUUAGUGCAUGGUGCACCGCUUUUGUUGUGGUUUGUUUGUAAUUUAUUGUUUGUUUGGAUAAGUUUCACAAUAUAAUAAAGAUGUGGAAUGAUACGCA